AUGUUGGGCGCUUCGGCCACCGGCCGUCGUCCACUCCUGGUGAAAAACCAACGGAAAUUCUCAAUAGCGUACUUUUCCGGGAAAAUGUUGGCCAAGAUGGGGCGAAUCGCGCUCAUCGCCGAGGAAAUGGGGCGCCCGGAAGACGCCAGAAUGGUGGCAGCUCGCCUGGCCGAAGCCUCUCAGGUUUGGCUGAACGGUACGGCGGGGUCCCCCUUGCUCUAUGACUUCCGGUGGGGAGGCGUGGUCACCUGCGGCUGCGCGUACAAAAAGGACCACGGCUGCACUAAUGGUAUCGGCCCAUAUCAGUGCCCAGGCCUCAGCGACCCCGGGAUGAACUUCGGCCUUGGCUUUUAUAACGAUCAUCACUUCCAUUUCGGCUACCACAUCUUUGCGGCGGCCAUCGUCUCCAAAUUUUUCCCGGAUUGGGGAAUCAAGCACCACGAGGCCGUGACGCUGCUCAUCAGAGACAUCGCGAACCCGUCCAGCUCGGACCCUUUCUUCCCGGUGUUCCGACACAAGGAUUGGUUCUUGGGGUCGUCGUGGGCCCUUGGCAUUCCCACCCUGGGGGGGGUCCCGUACAUGAACGGCCGCAACCAGGAAAGCAGCAGCGAGGCCGUCAACGCGUACUACGCCGUCGCCCUCUACGGCCACGUCAUGGCACAGGUGUUCUCCUCAGCGGGCGAUCCGGCAAAGACGCAGACGGCCUCCCUCAUUCGGGACACCGGCAGGCAGCUUCUCGCCACGGAAGUACAGUCCGCCCAGAUUUACUGGCAAGUCGCCAACGCAGGCACCCCCGACUUGCCUAGAGUGUAUCCGGAGGCCUACCGGCCGCACGUCGUCGGGAUGCUUUGGAGCACGCUGGCGCAGAUGCAGACCUGGUUCGGAGCGGAGGCCUGGAAAGUUUACGGGAUCCAGAUGCUCCCAAUCACCGGAGUUAGCGAGCAGCUGCUGGACCCGCGAUGGGUGCAGCAGAUGCUGCCGUCUUUCGAGGAUUCUUGUCUGUACGACAGCAACCCUAUAAAGGCCUGUGUCGUGGAGGGGUGGUCGAUGCUCGUGCACGCGGGACAAGCGAUCACCGGCAGGUGGGAAGAUGGUAGGGAUGGGAUAAUGGCCCUCCCAGACGACGUGUUCGAGACGGCGGGCGGAAAUGGUCACAGUCGAACGAGCAUGCUGUGGUUUGUGGCCAAUCGCCCUCCCCCUCCGCCACCAUCGGGUGAUGACGACAGUUAUUAA